UUCCCUUCUUUCCCUCACCGCAAUUGCUCCCUCUCAAUCAAAGAAGCGAAAAAGGGUUUUCCUGGCUCUCUUGCUCUCGCUCCGUCUUUUUUGCCCUCUGUAACUUUCACCGAUCAUCCAUGGCCAAUACCGCCGGCUCCGAUUCUCGCCACAACCUCUCUGUCACUUCUCCGCACCAGAUCUCCAAAGAUGCGCAAGGAUCUGACAAUCCUAUUCCACUCUCACCACAAUGGCUACUUUCAAAGCCGGGGGAGAGUAAACUAGGAAUAGGGUCUGGGGAAGGCCAUGUGAGUCCCUAUUCAUCUCAUGGUAGUCGCUCAGAUUUCAUGAAGUCAUCAGGAAAUGGUGAGGAGAUGCAUGACGUCCAGAAGAAGAAGGAUGUUCUCAGGCCAUCCUUACUUGAUAUGGAAACUGGCCGUCGUGAUCGCUGGCGUGAUGAAGAAAGAGACACUCAUUCGUCAAUUCGUAAGGAUCGCUGGAGGGAUGGAGAUAAAGAAUUUACUGACAUGCGGAAGGUGGAAAGAUGGGUGGAUAGCUCAGCUACCAAACACUUUGGAGAAGCACGUCGUGCUCCCUCCGAACGGUGGACUGAUACAGGUAACAGGGAUAUUAGUUAUGAUCAACGGCGUGAGAGCAAAUGGAAUACUCGUUGGGGCCCUGAUGAUUCUGACAAGGGUGAAAGUGGUCGUGGAGAGUCUUCCUCAUUUCGGUAUAGUAGAACUAAACUGCUAGAUGUGUACAGGAUGACUGAUAUGAAUAUUUGUCAAAAAUUCGUAGAUGGACUUGUCCAGGUGCCCUCCCUUAUGCAGGAGGAACCAUCAGAACCUCUGGCACUUUGUACUCCUAAUUCCGAGGAAAUGGUUGUCUUGAAGGGAAUUGACAAAGGGGAUAUAGUUAGUAGUGGUGCACCUCAGAUGACUAAGGACGGGUCUGCUGGUCGAAAUUCAAUGGAUUAUAUGCAAUCAAGACGAAACAAGCUUGCGGGCAGUAGAGAAGAUUUAUUGCAUUCUGCAGAUGAUUAUAAAGAAGAGAGUGUUGACAAUUCGAAGGCAUAUCUCGAUAACAAGUUCACAGUGGAAGCUUUUCGAGAAGAUAGUGCUCUUUCAAGGAAAGCUGAUGAAAUUCCGAACAACCGUGAAUUGAACAUGCAGGGAAGCAACUCUAUACAUCCUGGCUCUACAUGGCGAUCUUCAUCACUGGGAGAUAGGUCGAGCUCGCAUUCACAUGACUGGAGGGAUAUUCCAGGUGAUACCAAACCAAGAAACCCUGAUAUGGGAUGGUCACAGCCAUCCAAGGAUUCCACUAACAAAUGGGAGAGUAAUUUGGCAAAUUCAUCAUUACCCAAGGAUGAACUUAAGUGGAAUACAACUGAGGACCCCAUUUUAAAAAGGCAGCCAUCUCUUGUACCGGACAGGGAACAGGAAGCUGCAAAGCUUUCACAACCUUCACCGGAGGAGCUUUCCCUUUAUUAUAAAGACCCUCAAGGUCAAAUUCAGGGCCCUUUUAGUGGAAGUGAUAUUAUUGGAUGGUUUGAGGCCGGGUAUUUUGGCAUCGAUUUGCCAGUUCGGCUUUCAAGUUUAUCAAACGACUCCCCAUAUUCAUUACUAGGUGAUGUCAUGCCCCAUUUACGAGCAAAAGCUGGUCCACCACCUGGUUUUGGUGGACCGAAACAAGCUGAAUUGGUUGAGACAGCUAGUAGGGCAAACUUCAGUAGUGUUGGAAAAAUGCAUCCUGGUGGAAGUGAGAUUGAUAUGAGGAGGGGCGACCAAAGGCAUAAACAUGGGUCGACAACGGAAGCUGAAAAUAGGUUUUUGGAAUCACUGAUGUCUGGCGGUAUGAAUAAUCCACCACAAGGUAUGCAAGGAUAUAUGGGAAAUAACUCCAGUAGCACACCCUUGCCUGGAAUAGACAGUGGAAAUGACAUGUAUAUCUUGGCUAAGAAAAUGGCACUUGAGCGACAGAGGUCUCUACCUAAUCCAUAUUCGUAUUGGCCUGGGAGAGAUUCUACAUCCAUGCUUCCUAAAUCAGAGGUUAUCUCUGAGACCACAACACCGCAUGCAAAACUCCUAUCUGCAAUUGCUGAAAAUCCUCGCCUGCUUGCGCAUCCUCAAGGUGCCGAUUUGUUAUCCGUCAUCCAAGGUAUAGCAGACAGGCCUGCUUCAGCUCUAAACAAUGGUGUUCCUGCUUGGUCAAAUUUCCCUUCCCAAGGAGGUUUAGAACCACUGCAGGAUAAGAUUGAUUUGCAUCAGGCUCAGAACUUUGCGACCCAAACUUCCUUUGGGAUUCAACAACAGAGGUUGACUGCACAGAGUCCUCCUUUAACAAGUUUACUUGGCCAAGCUAUUGACAACAAUCCUGCCAGUGUUUUAACGCCGGAAAAAUUGGUAUCCUCUGCGUUAUCUCAAGAUCUACAAUCACUAAGUAUUCUACAACAGCAGCUCUUAUUGCAACUACAUUCCCAACCGUCUCUUACAACACAACAGCAGCUGCUACUUUUGGAUAAGGUUUUAUUACUAAAGCAGCAGCAGAAACAGGAGGAGCAGCAACAGUUAUUGCGGCAACAACAAUUGCUUUCUCAAGUUUUAUCAGAGCAUCAUUCUCACCAACGCCUUAACGAGCUACCUUAUGGACAAUUACAGGCUACUGCAGUGUCUACAGGCAAUGCAACUGUAGAUCCUAGACUUCAGCCACCACAAGAAAUGUUUCAGAUUGGUAAACAAAUACCAGUUCCCAGUAUUCAAGAUGAGCGAAGUGCCAAUUUUGUGAGUUUGCCCCAUGUUACCCAGGAUGUUAGUUACAGUGUUAGUUCUGAAGCUUCCUCUUCAUAUCUGCCACAUAACAUGUUUGGGAAUAUCAAUCGUCAGCCUAGCUGGGAAACUACGCUACCGGAGAAGAUUGAUGAUAUCAAUCAGGAGUCUUUCCCAGCUUCAAUGAUUACUCAAAGCAUGCCUUCAGUUGAGGUUAUGAGCAAAAUUUCAGAGGAGUCUUCUCUGUCACAAAAACAUGCUAUUGUUACAGAUUUCCAAGCACCCGUGAGCCUGGAGCAGAAGUCAGAGGUAACAUGGAAGACUGACAAAAAUAUCAUGGUUGAACAAUCAGUUGGUGCUUCCAAUUCAGUAACUUCUGAGGUUCCAAAAAUUUCUGCUUCAGGAUUAAACCCUGAAAUAUGUAAGGAUGAAGUAUCCAUGUGUGAUGUUGCUAAUGAUGUGAAAGUUAAACCAGAAAUUUCUGUUGUUAAAAAUGUUGAGAGGGAGACGAACAAGGAGCCUUCUACUAUGAUACCCGCAACAGAAGUAAAAAAUGUCGAAGUGCGAGAAGUACGGAAAACUUCUGAGAAGAAGUCCAGGAAGCAAAAAUCUAACAAGCAAUCUUCUGAGCAGCCUAAAAGUUUAUCAAAAACCUCCUCCCUGCAGCAACCAAAGCAGUCUGAGACAAAACCUACAUCUUUGAGAGACAUACAAAAGGAGCAGGAAAAGAAGACAUCUUCCAUCCAGCCCUCAAAUCCUAUACCAACUCCUCAGAAAUCCCCCCCAACACAGACCACUCAUGGUAGUGGCAUGUCAUCGUCACUUUCUGCAUCUUCUCCAUCAAAGGCUGCUUCUCCGAUCCAGAUCAAUUCUCAUAUCUCUUUACAGUCAAAAUACAGGGGGGAUGAUGACCUAUUCUGGGGCCCAAUUGAGCAAUCAAGACAAGAAACUAAGAAGGCAGAUUUCCCUAAUCUUACAAGCCAACACAGUUGGGGAACUAAAACUAAUGCUGGAAAAGCUACUUUAGCCGGGUCAUUAAGCAGACAGAAAUCAGUGAGCAGUAGAAAUUCUGAACGUUCUCUUUUAUCGUCGCCUUUCUCUGCUCAGUCAUCGUUCAAAGGGAAAAGAGAUGCAAUGACCAAGCAUACAGAGGCUAUGGACUUCAGGGAUUGGUGUGAGAAUGAAUGUGCAAGGCUUAUUGGUACAAAAGAUACGAGUUUCUUGGAAUUCUGUGUGAAACAAUCUAGAUCAGAGGCUGAAUUGCUUCUGAUCGAGAAUCUUGGAUCAUAUGAUCCAGAUCAUGAGUUCAUUGACAAGUUUCUCAACUACAAGGAUUUGUUGCCAGCGGAUGUACUUGAAAUUGCCUUUCAAACUCAGAGUGAUCGAAAAGUGACAGGGACUAGUGCUAGAGAUGUGAAUUCUGACAAUUCAGGACUUGGGGAUCUUGACCGAGAUAUAGCAGUGGGUGGUGAUGGGCCAUCAAAAGGAGGCAGCAAGAAAAAGGGAAAGAAAGGGAAGAAGGUUAGCCCAUCGGUUCUUGGGUUUAAUGUUGUCAGUAAUCGGAUAAUGAUGGGGGAGAUUCAGACCGUUGAAGACUAGGGGAAGGUUUGAGGAUAGUUGUAAAUACAGUUGACUUUAACUCUUUGUAAAUGUCUUCACUUAGGCUUUUUUUCUUUUCUUCUUUGAUAGAGCAUAGCAGCAGUACUAAUUAAUCUGCUCUGAGUGAUUUUGUGAUGUAGUACUCCCGUGGUUUGCAUCCUUAUUUUGUUCUCAAGGAUCCCGGGUUAGGUUCAUUAUCGAAUUGAGGUAAACUUAAUUUUAACGAGGUUGUAGUUUCUGUUCCAUUUUUCUGUAUCUUAGCUGAAUUUUGGAUGGCCAGGUAAGAUUUUAAGAUGUAGUCGGUAAUUUUGUACUGGCCAGAUUCUUGAUGGAAAUCUUAGAGGUGUGACCUUCAUUUAUCAA